AUGAGUGGAGGUCGCUUUGAGUUUGAUGACGGCGGAGCUUAUUGCGGAGGCUGGGAGGGGGGCAAAGCCCACGGCCAUGGCAUCUGCACCGGACCCAAAGGCCAGGGCGAGUUCUCCGGCUCCUGGAACUACGGCUUCGAGGUGGUGGGAGUCUACACAUGGCCCAGCGGGAACACGUAUGAGGGGUACUGGUCGCAGGGGAAGCGUCACGGCCUGGGAGCAGAGACCAAAGGACACUGGAUUUACAAAGGGGAAUGGACUCAUGGCUUCAAGGGGAGAUAUGGCAUCCGGGUCAGUGUUGGCAGUGGAGCGAAGUAUGAAGGAACGUGGAAUAAUGGGCUUCAGGAUGGAUAUGGAACAGAAACAUAUGCUGAUGGAGGUACUUUCCAGGGUCAGUUCACCGGCGGGAUGCGGCACGGCUAUGGGGUCCGGCAGAGCGUCCCUUAUGGCAUGGCAGCAGUUGUCCGCUCCCCUCUUCGUACCUCCCUGACUUCACUUCGCAGCGAGCACAGCAACGGCACCGUCUUGCAGCAAGACAUCCCCAUCAUCACCACCACCAAUGCCUCAGGUGAGGAGACACCCGUCGCCACCCCGACCCACCUGGGACCGUCCCGUGGAGGCUUUGCCCUCACUCUUCAAGUGGACCCAGAGGCUGUGAAACCCAAGAAGAAGGGCCUGUUUCGCAGGGGCUCCCUUUUGGGUAAGCUGAAGAAGUCAGAAUCAAGUACCUCGCUGUCCAGCCAGAAGAGCAAGAUCAGCUUUCUGAGGACGGAAUCGGCUCUCAGCUCCAACGCUAGCGACACCCACUCCACCAUCAGCAUGGACGAAAGCCUGGCCGGAGCCGAGGAUUUCCCCCCAGUGGAGGCCGACAUCGACGCCACCACCACAGAGGUCUACAUGGGAGAGUGGAAGAACGAUAAACGAUCGGGAUAUGGAAUAAGCGAACGGUCCAGCGGGCUGAAGUACGAGGGCGAGUGGCUGAACAACCAGAGACACGGCUACGGCUGCACCACCUUCGCCGAGGGAGGGAAGGAGGAGGGCAAGUACAUGAACAACAUGCUGGUGAAGGCUAUAAAGAAGAGAGUGAUCCAGCUGAAGGGAACCAAGAUCAAACAGAAGGUGGAGCGUGGGGUGGAGGGUGCUCAGAGGGCUGCAGCCAUCGGCAAGCAGAAGGCCGAGAUCGCUGCUUCCAGGACGACCCAUUCAAAGGCCAAGUCAGAUGCAGCGGACCAGGCCGCCCAGGCUUCCAACAGUGAGUCCCGCAUCGCCAGACUGGUGUCCAAAGAGCUCUCCCCUUCCUUCUACCAGCCAGGUCCUGAGUAUCUGAAGAAGAGAGUGUUACUGGAGGUCGCGGAGGGGAGUGAGAACACAGAGACUGUCAUGCAUGAGCCGCUGUUAGCCGAAGAGGAGCCCCUGCCCACGCCACCCGAAAGCCCACUCAUGAAUGAACUGGACAGCCUCAGGCCGGGCUCAUCCUCAGGCCGCACCCCCUCCCCAAGCCCAGGCAUCAUCAACAGGGAAGACCCCAAACUCCUCCGUCCAGGGAGUUGGAGCGAAGACAAAACUAUUAAAGGUGGUGGCAGUAAAGGUAGCAGUAAACCCAACAGCAGGCCCAGUAGUCGCCCCACUACCCCAUCAACUGCUGUUUCUGUUCUCACCACGGCUGCAACUGAGGUAGGAGGUGGCCCCUCUCGCACCCCCAGCCGUCAGAGCAGCAAGAAUGAGCAGGGCUCUGACCUAGAGAUAAAGCCUCUGCAGAAGUUUGACUCAGAGGUGAAAGGUCAAGAUUUCACUCCAGCCCCUGCUGCCCCUGUAAGGAAUAGCCUCAUCUCACCAGAUGAAGAAGAAGCACCACAACCCACCUCCAAAGUGUCCUCCAAAGCUGUCACCCCCGAGCCUAAAACCACCGACGGCAAAACUGAAAGAGCUACAUCAGUCCACGAACGAGCACCGUCCGUCUCUGAGAACAAAGUGGAGUCCAGGGAGGUGAGCAGGCCGUCUAACAAAGCAGAGACAAAGCCAUUGCCAAAACGGCAACCCAGCCCAGUUCCGUCCCCAAAACCUGCACCCAGUCUUGAACCUAAACCAGUACCAAAGCAAGUAGAAGCCAAAGCCACUGUUGCUAAACCAACCCCGAAGGUAGAGCCCAAAGCAGAAGUCCGACUGAAGGCCAUCGUGUCGAGCCCAAGUCAUGAGGAGUCUUUGGAGCUGGAGGGCCCAAACACCAUAAUGAUCUGCAUGGUCAUCCUGCUGAACAUUGGCCUCGCCAUUCUCUUCGUACACAUUUUGUCAUGA